AUGGACAAGGGUGGCAACGAAAUUUCCAGGGAUUCAUGGGAGUCAUUCACCAUGUACGACGAUACAGGCGCAGUAUCAGAUAGUGAUGAAAUGGACGAUGAUUCUUCUGAGGUAACUAGUAAUUCUUCCUCGUUUCAUCAAGAGUACAGUCGCGAGUCAAAUUCAGAUGACGAAGAUAACGUCAGUGUUUCAACGGACAGCAGUGCAGAACAAUUGGGAGAAAUAUUGGAAGAAAAUAAUAAUGAUCCCAACAAUAACAUGGAAGGUGGGGAGGAGGAUCAAGCAGAGGAUAUCAGGCCAAUCGUAGAACGACCAGUAAGUCCACAGCCAGGAUGUAGUAAGGACUUUAAUUGCAAUGAGAAUCCUGUUAGAAGAAAUGCUGAUAUACACAAAGCGGCCAUUAGACUUAAAACAUUUUUGAACAAUAUCUCUUACUACCACAUUGUCAGCGCCUUGCGAGAAAAGCCCAAUCUUGAACACGAAAUUAUUCGAUUGCUCACUAAAUCAAACAACGAACCAUCAUUAAAACGAAGCCACAGUGAUGAUGACAUUUGUAAUAUUGAAACAAAGAGAUUGACUGUUCAUGUACCAUCUGUACGCCCUAGACACAACGAGAUGGAACACGUGUUCCGAAGCCCAACGCCGGAAGUCGUCCUCGAUGGUGAACCGGAAGUAAAUAAUCGAGCCCAAGAGCUAACACCUCCAAGAGUUGAAGGUCACGGGAGUGUGAAUUAUUAUAGAAAUUCAGCACCUAUUAGGAUCGACUCAAGUGAUGAUGAUGAUACGGUUAUGCCCGGAUUAUCGAGUAGAAUCCCUGCAUCGUGGAUGCUUCCCGUGAAACGAACGUCAUACACGAAUGGUCCUGGUCCAUCAUCUGUCCCUAGUCCUAGCCAAACCAAAGAUUCGAGGUCAACUGAUCAUUCAAUGUCGUGGAAAUCGGUGAGACCAUCAUAUGAGUGUACUAGGGUUGCUGGCAGAGCAUUACGAGGCGCUCGGCUUCUUUCAGACCUUAACCCAGCACCAGCUACAAUAGUCCGAGAAGAGCAGGCAACUGUGAAGACAGCCCCAAAAUCGAUGGCACCUAAGCCGAUUAAUAUGAAGAGAAGUAUAGUUCGAGGAAUACCCGGUCCUGCAGGAUCUUCUCAAACACGAGUAGGCGUCGAUCAUAGUCCUAUAAUAGCGGGUCAGGCACUGGCUAAUGACGCCCCUAUGAAAAUUAAGAUUCUAAGAAAUGGCAAUAACAGCCACGUCAUUCCAGCCCGUAGAUAUCCACUAAGCAUACCACAAGAUGCUACAAUGAAUCUAAACAGGCAAGGAUCUGGUGCACUGCAAUAUCGCUCAUCUUUUCAUAUUCCACAGCCCGCCGGUGAGCCUGUACCGGGGCCUUCAAUAACACUCGACCGACAAGCUCAAUUGCGGCGUGAGCUCCAAGAAGCAGAUCGUGAAAUAAGAGACAGAAUUAAUUAUUGUAUGCGUCAAGAGGCGGAAAAGCAACGAGCUCAGUGCGAUGGUGUUCUCCCACAGGCUCCACCAGUAAAGCCUCGUUCUACGGACAAUUAUUCAAGGCGAUUACCAAUGACUUAUGAGGAAGAAACGGCAGAAGCUGUCUCUUCGCUAAUUCCCCUGAUCCAUGUUGAUGGAGCUCUGGAUUCAUUUCCCUCUCCCAAACAAAAUGACGUGUAUUGUCUCGAAAUUUACACCAAAUUACGUGCGAUGUUCCCAAACAUAAAAAAAGGAUAUAUUAAACGAAUUACACCAAUUGAUUGGACACCAAAUAUCCCUCAUGAUGUACAAUUUGGCCAAAUCGUUGAACGUUUACUGGCUAAUGAAGAUUCAUGGGAGUUGGAUACGGCCAUGGAUGAACCCCAAGAAUUACAAGGAACUGCGAGAGAGGCACGAACUGUCGAUGACACGUAUGAGCAUUUAUUGGAAAUAUUUCCAGACGCUGAUCCGACAUUUUUACGUGAUACAGCGGAAGAUACACACAAUGAUCAUCAGGCUCUAGAAGCAUUUAUUGAGAAAAGUCUGAAAUCACCUACUUAUCCUACCAGAGAACAGUAUCUGUCAAAAAUGAGAAUUACUGAAGAACAACUUCUUUAUACAAGUAACUUCACUGUUCCUGCAUUUUUAGAAAAAUUUCCCGAUCCAUUUAAACAUUUUAUAGAUGCAAGUCGAAAGUGUAAACACAAUACGGUGGGAUUUGAAUUUUUAAAAAGUCAAUUCAACCGCAUCAAAGUUGUUACUGUCUCGAAAGUGUAUAGUGACGCUCAGUGGAAUCUGAGCAUUGCAGCGGCUCGACUCAAGAAAAUUGGUGUUGAUAUGAGCAGUAGUCGCAAAUCAUAUGAAAUUCCAACCGAGGACAUCAACAUGCUUCAGGAAAUGGCCUUUAUUCUCCAUCAAAACGAGAUUAAAAAAUACAUUGAUGAUAGAAAACAGGUAGAAGAAGCUGAAUUCAAAAAGUUGAAGAAUGCUAAUCGGCUUGUGGAAUGCCAGUGUUGUUUUGAUAAUGAAUGCAUGCCAUCCAAGUGCUCAUCAUGUGAUCAAGGCCAUAUUUUUUGUAACGCUUGUAUCAUUAAAGGUACUGAUACAAGGCUGGGUGACGGUGACACUCAUGUGCCAUGUUUUCAAGACUGUGGAUCUGAAUUUAGUCUUGCGACGCUGCAAAAAAUUUUAAAGCCAACCAAGUUCAGUAUUCUUGUAAAGAAACGUCAAGCUGCGGAGGUAGCUGCUGCUGGGUUGGAAGGAUUAGUCUCCUGUCCAUUUUGUCCUUUUGCUUCGAUCCCACCCGAGGGUUAUAAAGUAUUCAAGUGUCUAAAUCCCGAAUGUAUGAAAGAGUCAUGCAUUCAGUGCAAAGAGCCAAAUCAUGUUCCUUUAAAAUGUAGUGAAGUUGGUAAAGCUGAUAAAGCACGUAAAUACAUUGAAGAAAAAAUGACAGAAGCCCUUGCACGCAAGUGCUACAAUUGCAAAAAGGCAUAUUUUAAAGAGGAAGGUUGUAACAAAAUUACGUGCCACUGUGGGGCCAUUAUGUGCUAUCUCUGCGACAAGAAGAUUACAGAUUACAACCAUUUCCGUGGACAAGGAUGUGAUGAUAUGACUAAAUGUCCACUGUACAGUGAUAAUGCUGUGUUGAAUGCUGAAACUGUUCGUAGAGUCGCCAAUGAAGCCAGGAUUGAAUUACUGAGGCAGGAUCCAUCCCUCAACAUUGAAACUGAUCAUCUGUUACCAACUGUACCUCCACCGUCGGCUGGUCCACAUCAGCAGAUUCUCCAAGCUCCUCAUUUUAUACCUCAACGUGCACAUCGUCUGCAUAUAGUGCACGCUCACCACCGACGUCUUCCAGCUCAUCUUCAGCCCCAUUUUCAUAAUCAUCCAUGAACUAAAUGAGUAUUUCCAUUUCCGUUAAGUCCUACAGAAGCAAAGAAGAAAAGGUAGCAAGGAAAUUCAAAGUAUUUAUGUUAUUACACAAAUGAACAAAAAAAAUUUUAUAGUAUGAUUGUUUGUUUAUCAUUUUUGUGUUGGUACUCCUAGUGAUAAAUUAUUCCAUUUAGAUCGAAUGAUGUCGAGAAUAAUAUUAUCUAGCGAGUUGUUAUGUGAAUAUAAGAUAAAACUUGAAAAGGGUACCUGAAAAAAUGUUCCUAAAUAAAUAUUUGCAUUUUUAUAUUGAA